UCGUGUCAAACCUGCCCAGCAGGGACCUUCUCAGCUGGGACCUCCCCCAGCACCUGCACUUCCUGUCCCUUGGGGUCCUAUCAGUCGGCUGCUGGGGCGAGCUCCGGCUGCACCGCCUGCCCCAUCGCGCACUUCAAGGCAUCGGUCGGCUCCUCUCCUUGCGAACGAUGCCCGGCCGGCUCCGUCAGCGUCUCUACAGCAAGCACUUCCUGCACUCUCUGCCCCUCCGGGACUUUCACUGGGUCAGGGGCAAACCUCAAAGACAACGGCACCUCGGUCUGUACCGCUUGCUCCGCAGGCUCCUUUUCCCCCUCCACGGGAGCCUCGAGCUGCAUAGCAUGCGACCCAGGCACAUACUCCGCUCAAGGCUCCGUCAACUGCCUCUACUGCAGCCCUGGAACCUUUUCGGCCGGCAACGCCGCCUCCUGCUCCUCGUGCGAUGCUGGCAAGUACUCGGGAACACGAGCCCCUGCCUGCUCAGCUUGUCCCCCCGGCACCUACCAGUCGAGCACAGGAGCGAGUCGCUGCGAGUACUGCGGGGAGGGAACGUCGGCAGGGGUGCAGGGCAAGACAGCGUGCGACGCCUGCCAGGCCGGGAAGUACUCGGAGCUGCUGGACGGGCUCAGGACUGCGUGCAAGAACUGCGUGCCGGGGACGUUCAGUGUGCAGGCGAAGGAUGUUUGCGUAGUGUGCCCGUUCGCCUCCUACCAGAGCACCGCUGGGUCUACCUUUUGCCGCAGCUGC